AUGGUCAGUUUCACACGUCUGGUACUAGCAGAGAAAGAUGCAAUGUUCAAAGCUGGGAACAGCAGAACGAGGGCCGUAUAUUUAGACAAAGCUGUCGAGAAUAACUUCUACAGAUGUAACUUCGAGAAUAACUUCUACAGAUGUUCAGCUAAAUACGUACUGUUCUUCAUGGGGUUGGCAGCCCUGGUUGCCUCUGCUAUGGCUGCCCCCGGAGGCAUUGGUUAUGGCGGUGGAUAUAGAGGCGGAUUGGGAGGAUUCGGCGGUGGAUAUGGAGGAGGAUUUGGUGGUGGAUACGGAGGCUACGGCGCUGGAUAUGGAGGCUACGGGGGUGGAUAUGGUGGUGGCUACGCUGGUGGAAGAGCUUCCAUCAACUUCAAUCUGGGACAUGGUGGCGGGUAUGGUGGUGGCUACGGAGGACAUGGUCUAGGUCUCGGCUUUGGAAAUGGUGUUGGAUACGGCGGUGGCUAUGGUGGUUAUGGAAAAUAG